AGCAAGCAGACAAGAGAGAGAGAGAGAGAGAGAGAGAGUCCGACCGGAGGAGGCCCAGCCAUUAGCCGAACUGCUCGUUUUCUGAGCGAAGAAUUCAAGAAGAAAGUGCGAGAUAGUCGAUAUUCGCGGGGGAGAUUCUUUUUUUAUCUUACCGGAGAUACCAUUACCCUACACCGUCUGCGUUAGCUCCGAAUUCGGACACUUUGCGAGUCAACAGCGGGAUUCAAAUUUAGUUUGUUUUCCUCCACCACUCUGGUUGGGAGCUGAAAAUGCACGUCAAUUCUUACAAUUCAGAUCGAAAUUCGCUGAAUUCUGUGAUUCGAUUCUGCGUUUCACGGUUUUACAUGUGCGGAAGAUUUCCGAGCUGAUUUUUUUGGCCGAGGAUUUAUCUUUUUCUAUCGUUGGAAGACGUAUAGUAAAUUUUCCAGUGUGAAGGGAACAAACUCUCAUCGUGCUUGAGAGCAGUUUCGUUGUUUUCAUCUUCCAAAUUUAAUUCGAAUUGCUUCGAAGAAGUGAAUGCGCCUCUGAUCUUGUUAGCGGAGGCGUAAAAUUCUCCGAGAAGAUUCUGUUCUUGUAUGGUGCAGGGAUCCGAGAAGAACCGAUAAGAAGAAUUUUGAGGCUCCAACAUCCGAAUUUCGCUUUUAAGUUCCGAAAUUUCAAAGGAUUUCAACUAGUAUUCAGACAACUCAUUCGAAUUCUACGUCAGAAUUUGGUAGAAUCACCGGAAUAACCACAUCGGAAAAAUCUCUGAGCCUUGGAUGGAGCUUCCUCAACCACGUCCCUAUGGAACUGAGGGACGAAAACCAACGCAUGACUUUCUGUCACUGUGCAGUCAUUCUAGUGCCCAACAAGAUCCAAGACCACCACCAUCCCAAGGAGGAUACCUGAAAACUCAUGAUUUCCUACAACCUCUAGAGCGGACAGGAAAUAGCAGUGCAAAGCAAGAAGAAACUGGAGUUGAGAUAUCGACUGUGGAAAAGCAAACACCGCCUCCUUCCAUUGAGCACAUUCUCCCUGGAGGGAUUGGGACUUACAGUAUAAGCCACAUUUCAUAUUUUAAUCAAAAGGUUCCGAAGCCAGAGGGUUCAAUGUUUACGGUAGCACAAACAAGUAGUACGGAUAGGAAUGAUGAGAAUUCCAAUAGCAGUUCUUAUACAGGAAGUGGUUUCACUUUGUGGGAAGAAUCUUCGUCGAAAAAGGGAAAGACAGGGAAGGAGAAUAUGGGAGAAAACCCCAUUGUAACAGGGGCAGAGGCGAAAUUGGGGCAAUGGCCAGUGGCGGAGAGGCCGUCACAUUCUUCUACAAACAACAACCAUCGCAACAGCUUCGGCUCUCUCUCUCCCUCUCAGGCAACUGGGCAGAAGAACAAGAGCUUCGUAGAAAUGAUAAAAUCCGCCAAGGUUGGUAUUACCCAAGAAGACGAUAUAGACGAGGAAGAGUUUGUCCUUAAGAAGGAGCCCUCCACUACUGUCACCCCUAUCCACAAAGGGGAAUUGAGGGUAAAAGUGGACGCGAAGACCUCUGAUCAGAAGGCUAACACACCACGUUCGAAGCAUUCUGCCACAGAGCAGCGUAGAAGGAGCAAAAUCAAUGAUAGAUUUCAAAUGUUGCGAGAACUCAUUCCUCAUAGUGACCAAAAGAGAGAUAAGGCAUCUUUUCUAUUAGAGGUUAUUGAGUACAUUCAGUUUUUACAAGAGAAAGUGCAGAAGUAUGAAGGUCCAUACCAAGGAUGGAACCAUGAACCAGAAAAAUUGAUGCCAUGGAGGAACAAUCACAGACCUGUGGACUGUUAUGCUGAUCAAUCUCGAGGCAUAAAUAGUGGGUCUGCUUCUGCAUUAGUGUUUGCUGGGAAGUGUGACGAGAAAAAUAUCUGUGUCUCUCCAACUGUUGCUGGAAGUGGACAGAACCCUGUAGAAUCUGACAUUAGUACUGCCACUACCUUUAAACAAAAGGAUCAUCAUCCUGGAAUCACCAAUACAGCAAUGCCCUUUCCUAUGUCACUGCAGCCAAACUUCUUCACACCUGUUAGGACUAGUGGUUCAGUACCUGAAAUUCCUCCUAAAUUGGCUUCUGAUGUCGAAAACAUUCCCUCUCAGCCUCAACCACAGUUUUGUCAGAUGAGAUCAUGCCCUACUGAUGGCAUUGCUACAAGUGACAAGCUGAAAGAACGGGAGUUGACUGUUGAAGGUGGUACCAUUAGCAUCUCAAGUGUGUACUCUCAAGGGUUGUUGAGUACUCUGACACAAGCACUACAGAGUUCUGGAGUGGAUCUAUCACAGGCUAGCAUCUCAGUGAAAAUUGAGCUCGGGAAGCAAUCUAGCGGAAGAGCAACUGGACCUCCAUCUACUAUUAAGGAUAUUGGUGUUCCCUCUAGCAAUCAAGGAACCACACGCUCUAGAGUUGCAAGCACUGAAGAAUCCGAUCAAGUUCUAAAAAGGCUCAAGACAGGCAAUACCUAAUUUGACAAUUUCAUUCUUUUCCUUUUUAUUAUUUAUAUAAAAUGAUUUUUUGGGGGUAGCCUAUAUCAUCUUAGAGGGGUUUAUUCAUAUCUUCUGCUGGUUUAUAAACUAUUUAAUUGAGACCAAGGUUGAUUGUACAUGUAGCGUCUUUGAGUUAGAUUGCUGGGAUCUACAGAUUUCCCUACAAAAUAAUAUGUAUUAUUUGUCAUCUAUUUGUUGUCAUCACAGAGGCUUCCAUAUUAACAUUGAGAAGCUGCUUUUUCAAUGAAGGCUUCCAUUCAUGUAAA